CUGGACAUUACAAUAUCUGACUAGACCUUACAAUAUCUGUCUGGAUUUUACAGAACCGCUGCCUGAAUCAUACAAGACCUUACCGUGGAUCGUGCAACAUCUGACUUUGGAUCUCACAGGACCUGAGUGUGGAUUGUACAUGCUCUGACCGUGGAUCUUACAGGACCUGACUGUGGAUCUUACAACACCUGACUGUAUGUCUAACAACAUGACCGGGUAUGAUGUCGAGGAUCCGGAGACGUCAGACUAUGAUAAGAAAGCAAGGAGCCCCCUCGUGUACGCCAUCCUCGCUAGUUCGCUACUCCUUUCCCUUGGACUGGCGCUUGGUCUGGGACUCGGCCUGGGGUCGCUGAAAGCUUUUCUGAAACCGUUACCCGAGGUUGUCGCCUCAACAACGCCAGAAACACCAACGGUGGAGACGGAGAGGUCGAGGCAAGGGGCGUACAGAUUUGCCUCCGUCGCAUCUGAUAUAAAGACAUGCUCCGAAAUUGGAACGAACAUCCUUGCAAGGGGCGGAUCAGCCGUGGAUGCUGCCCUGGCAACCGUAAUCUGCGUCGGUGUCUCCAACCCCAUUAACUGCGGCAUCGGUGGAGGUUUCUUUAUGACCAUAUAUGACAGGGCUACCGGCAAGGCAUAUGCUCUGGAUGCUCGUGAGACGGCGCCAAAUGCCGCCAACAGCAGCCUGUUCGUUGAUAGGGAGAGUGAGGCUUCAACCGUCGGGGGGCUGGCCAUUGCGGUUCCGGGAGAAGUGAGGGGAUACUGGGAGGCCCAUCAGAGAUUUGGCAAACUUCCUUGGAAGGACCUAUUCGAGCCUACCAUCAAACUGUGCAGAGAAGGAGUGGAAAUCCAGAAAUUCUUGUUCACGAAAGGACUUAAGGCACAUGAAGACAUUCUGCGGAAACGGUCAUUUACAAUGUUCUUCGACCGGACUGGUGACGUGUUAGGGGAAGGGGACAAGAUGACGUUUACAAGACUCGGAAAAACCUUGGAAACGAUUGCUAACGAGGGUGCUGACGCCUUUUACAACGGGAGCCUGACUGACUCCAUCGUCACCGAGAUUCAGGACAACGGAGGGAUAAUAACGGCAGCUGACUUAAAUGGGUAUGCGGCGAAAUGGAAAACGCCCACGAACUUCACGAUGAGAGACGGUACUACUGUGUACUCAAUACCCCCACCGGGGAGCGGGGCAGUGUAUGCCUACAUGCUCAACAUCCUGGACGGCUACAACUUUACGGCAGACAGUGUAUCUAGCGAUGACAAGACCACUCUGACGUACCACAGGCUGGUGGAGGCCAUGAAGUUUGCAUAUGCCAAGAGAACCGAGCUCGGGGACGAGGACUUCGAAGACGUAGCUGACUUGGUGAAGAACAUGACGUCCCGGGAAUUCGGAGAUUCCAUCCGGGCCAUGAUAUCGGACAACAUGACACACGACACCCAGUACUACGGUCCUACAUACUACACCCGGCCAGACCGCGGAACAUCGCAGAUAUCUGUUGUUGAUGCUCUGGGUAAUGCCGUGGCUCUGACUUCGACCAUCAAUUUCGCGUUUGGGUCUAAGGUGCUCGGCAACAGCACCGGGAUCAUCUUCAAUAAUGAAAUGGACGACUUUUCGACACCCGGUGCUGUUAACGGGCUCGGCGUGCCAGCAUCCCCUGCCAACUUCAUCAAACCAAACAAGCGCCCCCAGUCGUCCAUGACCCCGUCUGUCGUGGUAGACGACUCUGGAGACGUCAUCCUGGUUAUAGGGGCUUCAGGGGGAACGAGGAUCACGACAGCUGUAACUCAGGUAACACUCCAGACGCUCAAGUUUGGAAGAAGUGCCGCCAAAUCUGUAGACUACAUGCGUGUCCAUCACCAGCUGCUGCCCGACAACCUGCGGAUUGAGGACGGCUUUCCCCAGGAGAUCAGAGCGGGGCUCAUGUCGAAAGGUCACAACAUCACAGAGUAUGGAAAUCCGGUGUCAAAUGUUGUCCUUGUAAGAGUAACCAACAAUACAAAGUACGGCGUCUCUGAUUGGAGGAAAAGUGGAACACCAGAUGGAUAUUAACCAAUCACAGAUGCUAUCAUAGUAAGAGCAAGGAAUAUUGCUUAGUACCACAUCUGUGAUUGGAGAAAAAGUGGAAAGCAAAAUAGAUGUUAACCAAUCACAGAUGUUUUCUUUGUAAGAGUAAACAACAAUACGAAGUACGGCGUCACUGAUUUGAGGAGAAGUUAAACGCCAGAUGGAUAUUAACCAAUCAGAUGUUAUCAUAGAAUUUACAUGUAUCGACAGAUCAUUAUAAAAGACACACAAAUAUCUUUAAAAAGCCUCAUCAUUAUCAUUUUCAUCUUUGCACACAUAUCUCGAGCAUAACCGCGCUUUGGGAGUAAGGAUGGCAGUGUUGUUAAUGUGCACGACUUCGGACCAAAAGUUGUUGGGUUCGAAUCCCGAGUCAUAAUUUUCAGUUUCAAAAGUACUUCCAAGUACUGCCCCUUCCCCAGUCCACCCAAAGACUCGGAAAAAUAUUUGGAAGCUUAAAACUUAAAAGAAGAAAAAUCUCUUAAACACUCACCAACCCUCCCUUCCGAGAAAUCAUGAUUGAGCCAUUUUGUUGUGACAGUUUGGUCCCCGUUCCUCUAUUUCCCUAAUGGAUAUAACGUCUAUACCUACAGGUUGAUAGUAAAUAGCAGUAGUCAAA